CAUGAGAAAAGACAUCAUGCAGUCUAUGAUGUCCCUCCUAGCAACUUUUGUUGUUCUGCUAUCUGUUCCGCUUUCCACUUCAGUUUCAAUUGAAGAAACUUUCAAUAAUUGCCUAUCACUUCAUGCUCAAAUUCCAAACCAAUUUCCCUCUUCAAUCUACACCUCAACCAAUAAGUCCUACACUUCAAUCCUUGAAUCCACUGCUCAAAACCUGAGGUAUUUAUUGCCUUCAGUGCCAAAACCAGAUUUCAUAUUCACACCAUUCCAUGAUUCACAAGUCCAAGCAGCUGUGAUAUGUGCAAAACAACAUGGUAUUCAUAUGAGAAUACGCAGCGGAGGGCACGACUAUGAAGGUCUUUCUUAUGUUUCUCUUAUCGAGAAACCGUUUAUGAUCCUAGACCUGGCUAAACUACGUGCAGUAAACGUUGAUAUUCCACAUAACACGGCUUGGAUUCAAGCAGGCGCAACUAUUGGUGAAGUCUACUACAAAAUUUCCGCGAAAAGUUCAGUUCAUGGCUUCCCUGCAGGCCUUUGUACAUCUUUAGGCAUCGGUGGCCUCAUCACGGGAGGAGCUUACGGUUCUAUGAUGAGAAAGUAUGGCCUUGGUGUAGACAACGUUGUUGACGCUCGAAUUGUUGAUGCUAAUGGAAAAAUUCUUGACAGGAAAGCAAUGGGAGAAGACCUAUUUUGGGCAAUAAGAGGAGGCGGAGGAGGUAGCUUCGGAGUUAUUCUCUGGUGGAAGAUCAAAUUAGUUCCUGUGCCAAAAACUGUGACAGUUUUCACAGUAACAAAGAGUCUAGAACAAGGUGGAAACAAACUUCUUUAUAGAUGGCAACAAGUAGCACCAAAUAUUGAUGAAAAUCUCUUCAUCAGAGUCUUGAUUCAGCCAGGCAAUGGUAGUGUUCCUGGUCAAAGAACUGUAACCACUUCUUACCAAGCUCUAUUUCUUGGUGGAGCUAAUAGACUUCUCCAAGUUAUGAAGCAGAGUUUUCCUGAAUUGGGUUUAACAAGAAAGGAUUGUUUGGAAACUAGUUGGAUCAAAUCGGUUCUUUAUAUCGCCGGCUAUCCCAAUACAACACCUCCAGAAGUUUUGCUCCAGGGAAAACCUACAUCCAAGGCUUACUUCAAAGCAAAAUCAGAUUUUGUGAGACAAGUGAUUCCAGAAACUUCCCUCAAUUCCCUUUGGAAAAUUUUUCUUCAGGAUGAAGGUCCUUUAAUGAUAUGGAAUCCCUAUGGAGGAAUGAUGAGUAGGAUUGCAGAAUCUGCAACACCUUUUCCUCACAGAAAAGGAACUCUUUACAAAAUUCAGUACUUAUCAGGAUGGAUUGAUGGAGAAAAGAAUAUGGCAAAACAUAUGAGCUGGAUGAGGAAAUUUUACUCCUAUAUGACUCCUUAUGCAUCAAAAAAUCCAAGGGAAAACUAUGUGAAUUAUAGAGAUUUGGAUAUAGGGAUGAACAAGAAGAAUUGUACAAGUCUUUCUCUUGCUAACUCUUGGGGUUAUAGGUAUUUUAAGGGUAACUUCAAUAGGUUAGUAAAGGUGAAAACUAAAGUUGAUCCAUCUAAUUUCUUUAGGCAUGAGCAAAGUAUCCCUUCACUUCCAAUUGGUAAGUAAGAAAGUGUAGAAGGCAAGAAGAAGAGAAAAUCAAAGGAGUGCUUAUUGUUAGAAUGAUGGAUCAAGUUUUCAAUAUCACAAGUUAAAUAAGUUUAGUGUUACUUAUUAGCAACUGAAGAAUAAAGAUUGUAUCACAAAUAUUUCUGUUCAAUAUUGUGCACUAAGAAGAGUGGGAUAGUGCAGAUGUGCUAUUUUUUAUAUAAAUAAUCGGAAUGUUCCUCCUUUAUUCUAGUUGGAGACAAACUCAA